CAGGGUGGGGAGCUGGGCUCUUUCUGCCAGAGCCGCCGGAUAACGGGGAAAUACGCCACGGAUAUGGGCAAGGAAUAUCAACUGAAGUCGCCCUGCGAUGCUUUUCACCUCGGAUGAUCAAAACAACACCUCGCCAUAAAAUAAGGUCCGUCGAUCGACGAAACUACCAAAGGAUUUGUGGAAAAUAAACGUCGGUCAACAGGCUGAAAGGAGAACAUCUACCGCUCGCGUUAACUUGGAAAAGCUCAGAAGGCGUCUGACGGUCAGCUCAGGAACUUCCGUUGGAUUUGACAUGUUUGAAACCGCGGUCGGGUUUUCAAACACCACUUAGUGGGUUCAGUCGGACAGGAUUCGUUUAAAGUGUGUUCCCCGCGUUGUGGAUAAAGAUAAUUAUAUUUUGUUGGACAGAAGAAAAAGGCUUGAAAAGAGUUCGAAAGUGGAUUACAGUCUUCAGAUGUUUGCCCUGUAUUUAACAUAACUCGACGAAGGAUAUCCAGGAUUUAUUUGCCAUUAUCAAUCGUAAUUCCUCCACCACCUUCUCCCAUAACGUACCGAUACGUUCGGUCGAUAACUAAUAUUCGAGCUGUGAUUGUUCCCUCUGGCUUUUUCAAAACGGUCUUUUUUGUAAUAAUGAACUUCGAAUUUUACCCUUUUUUUUUUGUUUAAUUAGACUCGAAGUUGUUUGUUCACGUGUCCCUGCCAUUUACAUAGUCAGAAUGGGGUUAGGCUAUUCUCAGGCAUUUUAUUAGAAUGCCCCCCUGUUUCCCCCCCUAUUGGCUAGCACCUAGCUAACACAGCUGACGUCCCACACCCGCUCCGGUAAAGCCAGCCAAAACACAAGCUAUUUAACCUAAAGUGUUGGUUGUAAAGGCUUGUAUACACUGUCAGUAGUGGUGGUAGUGCUGCUUCAGUAUCGUCAUCGAAAAUAUUGCAUUGCUCUUUCUAACCCAGGUCCGUCUAGUCCUUAGUCUUUUAGAAAGUGCAGUAAUUGGACCUAUUUUUAGGGUUAGGGAUGGGGUAAAGGCAGGCGGCUUGAAAUUCUAACCCCCUCCACCUCCUCUUCCACCCUUUCCACCACCCAGCUCAGCAAUCUUGACAGUAUGCUUUACUAGCACUGUGCAGUGUUAGAUUCGUGCAUGACCUAUGCCUUGAAUGACCUAUGCCUGCUGAAGCUGUUUAAAGGCUCUACUUUAACUAACCGGAAGUUACUAUUUGCCACUUAAAGUCUACCUUUCAGUCAAAACUACCUACUCUUAAAGAACCAAAACUAUAAUGGACUUUAAAAAUAUUAGAUAGCUUAAUGGCCUGCCUUAAAUUCUGCAAGGCCAUUUUUAACCAUGUAGCCCAGGUUAAACUCUUGGAUUUGUUGAAUGUCCAUGCAAGCUAAGCCUAUGGUACAGUAAAAACAGCUAGUCUUAUUGAUUUGGCUUAUAUUGGACAACUAACAUCCACAAACGACUUGGAGAUUUAGAAACUUCCAGCAAAAAAAUAAUGCAUGAAAUUAUGGAACAAAAGAAAAAAAAAGCUUAUUUAAAGAACCAAAUAUUUUAUCACCCAUAACUCCCAAUGCCCACAGAGAAAGAAUAUAUAUGGAGGAAAAGAGAUGUAUAUGUAUAGUGUUAUUCCACAAAACAGAACAGAGUUAAAUCCUUUAUAUUUUUACACUGAAAGAGACGGACAAGCUGCCUGCACGCCAGUUGGUUGCCUUAGAAACCACAAUAAUAAUAAUAAUAAUAUAAUACAACAAGCCAGAGGGGACGGUGCCUUUUGAUUGGUUGGUUGGUUUCCCACCAAUUAGCGUUCAAAUGAUCUGAUUGGAUGUAAGUUGUCGAAGUGAACUCUGGGAUUGAAAACAAUAAGUGACUCCACUCCUGCCCAUCGCACAGCAUUUGAUUGACAGUUUCCCUGCUGUGUCGACUUAACGCCAAAUAUUUCCAUGGUGAUCACGUCGUCAACAGUGGAGGAGAAGGCUACACCCUCCAGUAGGAUGGUCCAGUCAGAGCCCUGGAUUACCUCUGCACUGCUUCGAAAGAACAACCAAAGUGGAAGCAGCUCAGGAUGUCCCCCCACCACCUCCUCCUCCUCCUCCUCCGCUGCCCAGGGCUUCUCCCCUGCUGAGCCAGCCAUGACCAGCCAGCACACCCACGCCCACCCCUCCUUCAGCUCCAUCCACUCCAUGGCAGAGCAGCAGCAGGCGCUGUCUGAUAUGACCAUACUCCAGCGGAGGAUCCCACCUAGUUUCAGAGACCCAGCCUGCGCUCCAUUAAGGAAACUUUCCGUUGACCUAAUUAAGACUUACAAGCACAUCAAUGAGGUGUACUAUACCAAGAAGAAGAGGCGAGCCCAGCAGGUGCCCCCAGAGGACAGCAGCACUAAGAAGGAGCGGAAAGUCUACAAUGAUGGCUAUGAUGACGACAACUACGAUUACAUUGUCAAGAAUGGAGAGAAGUGGCUGGACCGCUAUGAGAUAGACUCACUCAUCGGCAAGGGCUCCUUUGGACAGGUGGUGAAGGCAUACGACCACCAUGAGCAGGAAUGGGUGGCGAUUAAGAUCAUAAAGAAUAAGAAGGCCUUUUUAAACCAGGCACAGAUUGAGCUCCGACUGCUGGAGCUCAUGAACAAGCACGACACUGAGAUGAAAUAUUACAUAGUUCACCUGAAGCGUCACUUUAUGUUCAGAAACCAUCUAUGUUUGGUGUUUGAGUUAUUAAGUUACAACUUGUAUGAUCUCCUGAGGAACACAAACUUCAGGGGGGUGUCCCUCAACUUGACCAGGAAAUUUGCACAGCAGCUCUGCACAGCAUUAUUAUUCCUGGCCACACCAGAGCUGUCAAUCAUCCACUGCGAUCUGAAACCAGAGAAUAUCUUGUUAUGUAACCCCAAACGAUCCGCCAUCAAGAUUGUCGACUUUGGAUCCUCCUGCCAGCUUGGACAGAGGAUCUACCAGUACAUCCAGAGCAGGUUCUACCGUUCCCCAGAGGUGUUGCUAGGGAUGCCCUACGACCUGGCUAUCGACAUGUGGUCUCUUGGCUGCAUCUUGGUGGAGAUGCACACCGGAGAGCCCCUGUUCAGUGGAUCCAAUGAGGUGGACCAGAUGAAUAAGAUCGUGGAGGUGCUCGGUGUCCCUCCCAGCCACAUGCUGGACACAGCUCCUAAAGCCAGGAAGUAUUUUGACAAGCUGUCAGACGGCUUGUGGACAGUAAAAAAGAACAAGGACAUUAAGAAGGAGUAUAAACCUCCAGCCACGCGACGUCUCCAUGAGAUCCUGGGGGUGGAGACCGGAGGGCCAGGAGGCCGACGUGCCGGGGAACCAGGUCAUGCCCCAUGUGACUACUUGAAGUUUAAAGACCUGAUCCUGCGCAUGCUAGACUACGACCCGAAGAGCCGAAUCACUCCAUUCUACGCUCUGCAGCACAAUUUCUUCAAAAAGACAACAGACGAGGGAACCAACACAAGUUCAUCGACAUCCACGUCUCCUGCCAUGGACCACUCUCAUUCAACCUCCACUACAAGCUCCGUCUCUAGCUCUGGUGGCUCGAGUGGUUCCUCCAAUGACAACCGUAACUACCGCUACAGUAAUCGCUACUACAACUCUGCUGUUACUCACUCAGACUACGAGAUGACAAGCCCCCAGGCUCCCUCCCAGCAGCAGAUGCGUAUUUGGCCCAGCAGCGAGAGCGGCGGCGGCGGCGGCGGCGGUGGCGGCGGUGGCGGCGGCGGCGGCCAGGAGUCCUACACUCAGCUGCUCCUCCACAAGCCGGCUGCCUCCCAGCAACACCAGCGUCACUUCCUGGACGCGCCGCACCACCCCCACCCGGUCUACACCCACCACGGCAACGGCGGGCGGGGCCUGCGGCAGGGCCAGGGGCCGACGGGCAUCGGAGGAGGCGGCGGGGGCGGCGGCGGCGGCGGCGGCGUCGGAGGCCAGCAGGGAUCUUCCCCCCAGAUGAGUGACAGCAUGGAUGUGGGCGUGUCCCUGGGGCUUCACCACCUGGGCGGGGCGGUGUCUUCCAUGGAAGCCUCGCAGUUUGGCUCCGCCUCCUUGCCCCUAGCUCUGCCAAUCGGACUGUCUGCCUUCCGGACUCGGACAGCCUCCGGUGCCCAGGGGCCCCAAGCCCCGCCUCCUGAGGACUACUACCCCGUGUCCAACAACAAUAACCUGGCGGGGGGCGGCAGGGCGCGACCGGACUCGGACGAAGGGGCAGCCAACUCUUGAUAUACCCUCAAACACACCCUAAAGCCAUACGACUUUAACAACUACAGUAUACACAUACAAAAGUGGUAAAUAGACAUAGAGCCCCUCCACCAUACAUACACACAGACACACGGUCUCAGACACACACAUACUCAGUUCAGAGACUAAGUGGUGAACUUUGAGCUGAAGGAGAUCAUUUCUUCUACUUGAGAGGAGGAGAGAGGAGGAGGAGACGGGGGGGGGAAAGCUUAUUUUAUUCUUUCUUUUAAGUUUUUGUCUUCUUUGAAGAGUAAGCGAGGAGCAACAGCUGUGAAUUAGAAUGGAACAAUUGAGACUGGCUUGUUUUUAUGAAUAUUGUUGUUUAAUAUUAGAUUUUUUUCUGUGGUUUGAGGAGCUGUGUGUUUUUACUUGAUUGUUCCUGCUUCUGAAGGAGGAGGGGGGGGGGGGGGGGGGGAGAGUUUUAUAAAUGACAGCGUUGGAUUCAUUUUCCCACAUUCAUCCAGGACCGAGUUGAGUGAAAAAAAAAAAAAAAAUGAAGAGAAAUGCUAUUUCAGCCCACAGCAGUUAGAAAACACAAGAACAUGUUAG